CACGUUUUUUUUUUACUACGUUUCCGUUUCGCGUUCAACAACAACAGACGUUCUUAAGUGCGAAUCGGUUAAACAUCGGUCGAUCCGUUACUUUUAUUCUAAAUCCCACGUCAGUCGUAAGAACUUUAUAUGUGUACAAAUUGGUCUACAUAAUAAAAUAAAAAUCAAUUAAUAAACGUUUGUGUUUAUUUAUUUAAUUUCGUAGACGACUUAAUGUAACUACAACAGUACCCAUGAAUUUGUUAGCGGUUUUUUGUUAUAUAACCAUGAUGUGUGACUCUCAAUUAUUUAAGCGACUUGAGCAGCCGGCUGCGAUAUCUCAAGUCAAGCGAAUUGAGCAACCAGCUAUGAUCGCAAAUCGGAUCGGACAGCCUACGGUCGCACCUAGGUUCGGACAACCAACGAUCGCACCCCGGUUCGGACUGCCUACGAUCGCACCUCAGGUCGGACAGGCUGCGAUCACACCUCAGGUCGGACAGGCUGCGAUUGCAUCUCGGUUUGGACUGCCUACGGUCGCACCUCAGGUCGGACAGGCUGCGAUCACACCUCAGGUCGGACAGGCUGCGAUUGCAUCUCGGUUUGGACUGCCUACGGUCGCACCUCAGGUCGGACAGGCUGCGACCACACCUCAGGUCGGACAGGCUGCGAUCGCAUCUCGGAUUGGACAAAAUUUUCAGAAUGCGAACAACAGCGUGUCACCAACCACCGAUGGGCGUAAAACCACCAGAGAAACGUCGUCAUAUCCAACUCGAUACGACUUCAUUGAUAUUGAAGCUGUUAUGAACAAUGAACGAAUUAUUAAAAUUCUUUUCAACUGUGUUAUGAACCAAGGACCGUGUACCAGAGAAGGUUUGGAGCUUAAAAGGAUUGUUCCGGAUGCAAUACAGACAGAAUGUGCUAAAUGUAAUGAAAGACAAAGAAAACAAGCAGGCAAAGUUUUGGCUCAUUUACUACAGUACAAACCAGAAUACUGGAACAUGUUGGUGAAAAAAUUUGAUCCAAAUAAUGUAUAUUUGAAAAAGUAUAUGGCAGACAAUGAUGAUGACGAGAAGGUAUCUCUUCAAAAACUCACCAACGAUACAACCAAAUAAAAACUAAAUAUUUAGUACUAAUUCUAUUUUAGAAAAAUUCAUUUUGUUGGCAUAUAUUUUCUUUUGAAUAUAAUAUAUAUGUUUCUUAAAU